UUGAUUCACCGAGAAAGUUCCUGGGCCGUCAAAACAAAAACAGCGCUCACACACAGACGGUAGCUAAUGUCAGUGAGAGCUACUGCCUUUACAUAUCUGUCUGCUUUUCCACCAUGCAACUGAAAUCAUGUUGUAUUUACAGCACCGGAGUUCUUUCUAUUCUACUUUUGAUUGCCGGCAUUUCUUUGGUGUUGUCUAACGUGUUUCCACAUAUCCUACAGUCGGUGGUUAAAAAGGAAGUCGUUUUGAAGAAUGGCACGGAGGCGUUUGAGGUCUGGGAGAAUCCACCAGCCCCUGUUUACAUGCAGUUUUACUUCUUCAAUCUGACAAACCCCCUGGAGGUGGUGGAUGGAGAUCGGCCUGCUGUGCUGGAGAUCGGACCAUAUACAUACAGAGAGUACCGGCCGAUGGAGCAAGUGGACUUCCAGGAAAAUGGCACCAAAGUAUCAUCUGUCAACACAAAGACCUACAUAUUUCAGAGAGACAUGUCCCGGGGUCCAGAGAGUGAUCUCAUCAGGACGGUCAACAUCCCUGCAAUUUCGGUGAUGGAGCAAUUCAAAGAUAAUUUGGUCCUUGCAAACUUGAUCUCCUCCUACAUGAAGUCUGAAAACGAAGGCCUUUUCACCACACGCACAGUGGGGGAGCUGCUGUGGGGAUAUGAAGACCCCCUGCUCAAAGCCCUCAAACUUUUCAAACCCAACCUGGACGAUGUUUUUGGACUCUUCUAUAAGACCAAUGCUUCCAACGAUGGGGAGUAUGUCUUCUUCACUGGCCAGCAGAACUACAAGGACUUUGCCAGAGUGGAUACGUGGAAAGGUGAAAGGUAAUU